GCAGCAACAUUAGCAGUGCCGAGGCGGUGGCAGAACUGAGAGAGAGAGAGCGAGGGGGAGAGAGAGAGAGGAAGGCAACACACAGACUCCGCCUAACUUUACCACGGUCCAACAUCACCGAGCCCGUGUCCGGUGGCGCGAGGGCAUCACAGCUCAAAGCCAAUCCAUCCAGAGGGUCCCUCGGCUUGCUUGUCUCUUGGCGUGGAGAUGGGCUUCCCGUAAAACCGGCGGUGGUGGAGGGGAGAGGCGGGCCGGCGGGGGUGGGGGGAAGAAGCGAGAGACUAGAGAGUGAGGAGGUGGAGAAAAAAAGCCGAGGAGGACGAGAAACAAAAGCACAACCGUGGGUGCCUGCAACAACCAUGAGCAGCGGCGGAUUGCCCUAUUCACCAGAGCUGCUGCUCUACCCGUGGACUAUGUCGUGAGGUGUGGCUCGCAACGCUAAGCAGCAGGGAUUCAGUCAGUCGAAACGACAGUAGCAAGCCAAGGAGGGGUGCUGCUGGUGGAAAAGAUGUCGUCCGCCUCCGUGGGGCCCCAGGGCGGCCCUCGCCCACCCACUGCGCCGCCGACCGUCCCCGAACUGCCGGACCUCAGCCAUCUCACCGAGGAGGAGAGGAAGAUAAUCAUGGCCGUGAUGGAUCGGCAGAAGGAGGAAGAGGAGAAAGAGGAAGCCGUGUUAAAGACGCUGCACCAGCAGUUUGAGAGUUACAAGGAGCAGGUGCGUCGCAUCGGCGUGGAGACGCGGCGUCAGCAGCAGGGCCAGCACAAGGACGACGCCCCCACCUGCGGCAUCUGCCGCAAGACCAAGUUCGCCGACGGCUGCGGACACCACUGCUCCUACUGCCAGACCAGAUUCUGUGCCCGCUGUGGGGGACGCGUCUCCCUGCGCUCCAACAACGUAAUGUGGGUAUGCAACCUGUGCCGUAAGCAACAGGAGAUCCUCACCAAAUCGGGAGAAUGGUUUUCAGGGCCGGGGGCGAGGCAGAUGAGCCUGGAUGGCGGCCUGAACGCCCCGCCCACGGGGGGUGACAACCAACGGGGGGACAGGAAGCUACUCCGCUCCAGGUCCCAGGCCCCGCCCCCUUCCAGCGGUAACGCAGGGGCGGCGCCUGACGGAACGCAUCAGCCGCCAACGGUCCAGGCCAAGGGAGCGUUGGACACCAUGCCGGCGUCACGCGCUCGGAGCGAACCAUCACGAGACAAGAAAAGACCUCUGUCCCUCCAUGAGCAGAACGGUAAGCCCGGUGGUCUGGGUCGUGGUAGAGGAGGCCGGGGACCCCCAGGGAAGCUUCAGACCGUGGCUUCCCAGGAGGAGUUCUGCGGUCCCGGGGACAUAGACUGGCGGGACGGCCGGCACCUGGAGAAGGUCCGCUCCCAUGACUACCCUGGCGGCGGCGACCAAGGAAAUCGCCCCGACCUCCGGAGACGCCCCCCGGAGGAGGAUGAGCUGGAGCGCAAGCGGCGCCAGGAGGAGGAGUUCCAGGCGCGUUACCGCAGCGACCCCAACCUGGCACGCUACCCGGUCAAGCCGCAGAAGGAGGAGCAGGAGAUGCGCAUGCACGCCAAGGUGUCGAAGGUGCGCCACGAGCGGCGCCACAGCAACAACGCCAUCAAUGAGGUGGGGCUGGAGGGCGGGGGAGGAGGGGGAGGGAACAUGGGAGAUGUGCCUGAGAAUCGUCUCCGGAGGGGCGGUGGUGGGGGUGGUGGAGAACCGGAUCGCAAGGCAUCCUUGGAGAACCACCGCGCCUACUCCAUGGACAGGACCGUGGGGGGUGGUGGGGGUGGCGGAAUGGGGCAGGGACCCCAGGGAGGCCCCCCCCUCAAACAGAACCAGAUCCACGGACCCCUUCAACCAUCUGGUGGUGGCUCACGAACGGGCCCCAAUCCUGGUGCUCCUAACCCCCACCAAGGACCCCCCCCUCCAGCAGGCUGGGACCCCCCUAAGGGACCCCACCCCAGCCAGCUGGACCCCAACUCCCAGGCAGCCAUGAUGCACAAGGCUAGGAGGGAGAAGCCCGGGGACAGCCUGCUGAGGAAGGACUCCCAGAGCUCGGACCAGUCGGAGUCGCUGCGGCCUCCCCCACCCAGGCCCUACAAGAGCAAACGGAGCGUCAACAAGAGGCAGAUGUCUAUCAGCAGCUCAGAGGAGGAGGGCGCCUCCACACCCGAGUACACCAGCUGUGAGGACGUGGACAUGGAGAGCGUCAGUGAGAAAGGGGAUUGGGACUGCCAUCCUCUGGAUCCUGCUAUGUGGCAUCAUCCAGUGACAUGGCAGCCGUCCAAGGAGGGCGACCACUUAAUCGGACGCAUCACUCUGAGCAAAAGGUCGGCCGUGCCCCGCGAGGCAGGCUCCUUACUAGGGUUAAAGGUUGUGGGUGGGAAGAUGACAGAGACAGGGAGACUGGGGGCCUUCAUCACCAAAGUCAAGAAAGGAAGUCUGGCGGACAUUGUUGGCCACCUACGAGCUGGUGAUGAGGUACUGCAGUGGAACGGGAAGUCGUUGCCGGGAGCAACCAAGAAGGAAGUGUACAACAUCAUUCUGGAAUCCAAGGCGGAGCCUCAAGUGGAAAUAGUAGUCUCAAGGCCUAUUGGAUCUAUCCACCGCAUCCUUUCCAAUAACUUCUUGAGAAAGGUGUAUAGAGCGUAUCAAGACAUACCAAGAAUUCCAGAAACAUCACAUCCUCCUUUAGAAUCGACAGGCUCCAGUUCCUUUGAGUCUCAGAAGAUGGAGCGUCCCUCCAUAUCGGUCAUGUCCCCCACCAGCCCUGCUACCCUCAGAGCCCUCCCCGUCAUCCUGCCUGGACAGCUCUCUGUAAAGCUGUGGUAUGACAAAGUGGGCCAUCAACUGAACGUCAACGUCCUUCAAGCCAUAGACCUGCCCCCCCGACCGGACGGGCGACCCAGGAACCCCUACGUCAAGAUGUACUUCCUCCCUGACCGAAGUGAUAAGAGCAAGCGCAGGACCAAGACGGUAAAGAAGAGCGCUGGGCCCAAGUGGAACCAGACGUUCCUGUACUCCCACGUCCACCGCAGGGACUUCAGAGAACGCAUGCUGGAGAUCACUGUCUGGGACCAACCUAGAAUACAGGAGGAGGAGAGUGACUUCCUGGGAGAGAUCCUGAUAGAGCUGGAGACUGCCCUGCUGGACGACGUCCCUCACUGGUAUAAACUCCAGACCCACGACGUGUCCUCUCUACCUCUGCCCCAGCCAUCCCCUUACCUCCCGCGCAGACACGCCUCUCACGACAGCCCCAGCAAGAAACUACAGAGGUCCCAUCGCAUCAUUGACACAGAGUUUGAUGAUACAGGUGCAGAGCGUAACUCGAGGGAGAGGGAGAGGAACAGCACCCUGACUGUCCCAGAGCAGCAGAGACUGGCCCAGCACCGCUCCAGAUCUGUGUCCCCUCACCGCGAGGACAUAACAAGGGCCCGCUCCCGCCCUGCACACGUCCCCAUGCAGAGGAGUCUGGAUGAGAUCCAUCAGAACCGCCACCACUCCUGCUCCCCCUCUCGUUACCACGACUCCCACGGGGAGCACCGCUCCGGGGACUCGGACUACGAGUACUCCGAGGACAGUGAGGUCCUCGAGAUGCACAGGUCUAUCCGAGGCGGGAGUGCCGAGUGCCUGCACACAAACAGGGGUGUAGCUAGGUCCAGCAAUACACUACCACCCAAAAUGCCCCUAUUGGUCAAUGGUAUACACAAGGACAUAUACAGUGAUCUGCAGCCCAGUCUGGACCGGGUGAGGAGUGCCAGCACCACCUGCCUCAGACCUGACACCAACCUCCACUCUCCUGAUAAAGACAGAUGCUCCAACUCUCUGCCCCGCAGACAGCCCGCAGGCCCCAGGAUUUUAGUAGAGCAGGCCUCCCCAGAGGAAGAAAGGCAGUCAGGGAGCCUGGGCAGACCUGACAGUCAGAGAGGUAACAGCAAGAAAGGCCUGGAGGCUGACAGUCGUAUCCAGCCCACCUCUAUACUGAGGGGCAGUAGGGGGAGAGGGGGUCCGCUGCGCCCCUUUAACCAGACACCCCUGGGGGGAUCUGUCCCUAACUCACCACGACAGGACAGAACACACACCCACAGCCCCUCCCCUCCUACGGGGACUCCCCAGUCAGGUCGCAGGGGCAGACAGCUGCCACAGGUUCCUGCCAGAAGCAGCAGUGUAGAGCAAGACAAUAUCCCUGUAGAUAAUAAACCUGUUGCUGCUAGUAAACCUAAUGAAAAAGCUCUAGCAGUAGAGGAGCGAGCCAGACAGAUGAACAUGAAAGUACAUUCCUACCGGCCUUCAGGCUCCCAUGACCCCGAGACGAACCUCAAGACCAAACGAGAGAUGUAUGCGGAUCAGCGGCGGAGCUCUGACAACGUGUCGGCCCGCUCGUCAGACAGCGACAUGAGUGACGCGUCGGCCCUAUCCCGCGCCAGCAGUGCCUCACGCCUCAGCAGCACCUCCUACAUGUCCAUCCAAUCAGAACGCCCGCGCGGGCGGCUCAGGUCCAAGUCUUUAGAGGACGAGAAGAAGGAGAGGAGGAUCUCGUGGGGGAUGAAUGGAGAGCAGGAGAGGAUGAGGGCAGCAGGGAAGAGACGGUUCUCUCAAGAGCUGAAGAGGAGGAGACACACUGUGUCUGGGGACCCCAAAGACGCCAGUCGGCAGGUUCGUGCGGCGCCGGGCCGGACCAUGCUGAAGAGCACAAGCGUGAGCGGUGAGAUCUACGCGUCAGAGCGUACCGACGGCAGCCAAUCGGAUACGGCGCUGGGCACGGUGGGCAUGGGUGAGAGACGCUCCAGCCUCAGUGCCAGGGUGGUCUCCAUCGUCUCCAACAGACGUAGUCGCAGCACGUCGCAGAUCGUCGGCCCGGAGGGGAAGGGGAAGAAGGAGAAGGGUGCGUCCAUCCAGAGGAGCACAGAGACGGGUAUGGCUGUAGAGAUGACCAGGAACAUGAGUCGACAGUCCAGUAAAGAGUCCACCAACGGCACCAUGAACAGCUGCAACUCCGAGGGAAAUCUGCUUUUCGGUGGGGUGCGUCUGGGACAGCCAGGCAACCAGUUCAGCGACUUCCUGGAUGGUCUGGGUCCUGCCCAGCUGGUGGGCAGACAAACGCUGGCCACACCUGCCAUAGGUGAUAUUCAGAUCGGAAUGAUGGACAAGAAGGGUCAGCUGGAGGUGGAGGUGAUCAGAGCUCGGGGCCUUGUACAAAAGCCAGGAUCCAAAUCCCUCCCUGCUCCAUACGUCAAGGUCUAUCUGUUGAAUAAUGGAGCGUAUGUAGCCAAAAAGAAAACCAAGAUUGCACGGAAAACGCUGGACCCGCUGUACCAGCAAGCGCUGCAAUUCGAGGAGAGCCCACAGGGUAAAGUCUUACAGGUGAUCGUCUGGGGAGACUACGGACGAAUGGACCACAAAAGCUUCAUGGGAGUUGCACAAAUCCUAUUGGAGGAACUAGACUUAACAAGCACAGUGAUUGGCUGGUACAAGUUGUUCCCACCCUCCUCCUUAGUGGACCCCACACUAGCCUCCCUGACUCGACGUGCUUCCCAGUCGUCAUUGGACAGCUCCUCGGGCCCACCGGGCACCCGAUCCUAGUGGACCAAUAGGACAACAGCUACCAAUCUUAAUGGACCAAUGGGACUAUGGCUAGCCUACCGCUUUGUGAAACGAAUUAACGUCACCUUAGAGAUUAACGGACAAAAAUGAUUCUAGAACAACAACAAUCAAGAAACAGAGUCACAAUGAUUAACAAAAAAGCUUUGUUGAGAUCUGACAAUCACUCCUGGCAUCGUUUAAUCUCUUUGUUUGUUUUAGAGAGCGUUAGAUUUCAGUGUUUCAUUCCAGUAACGAAUUCGUCAUCGUUUUUUCGCGGUUGUAAUCUAAGAACUAGGGCUGUGGGUAAUAGACAAUGUUCGGAAGCUAGGUAAGGCUGUACUGGAGUCGAGCGGUAAGGAGACACUCGAUUCAUUGAAGAAACUAAGUAGAAAUGUAAAUGUGAAAGGAAGCAGGGUGGUAGUUUUUAGUCAAACCAUCAAUAAACAAAGAAAUGUAUGUUAGCGUCGGAAUGUAUGGACCCAAGACAGAGGUGCCAUCCUCCUUGUCUCUCAGGGGGUGCCAUAAUGUCCUCUCCGCAGUGGCCCCCAUCCGGCCCCCAAACAGACUGCCAGCACUUCGGCUCCCAGGGCAGAGUGCUUCUGAGUGGGGUCGGUCCGGGCAAUCAGGGGUCUCCUUCUGGUGCCUAGACUUUGUGGAUUCACAUUACUGGUCCUUCUUUGUCAAAAUAUCAUUUUUUGUUUUCAAUAUGUUUACCAUGGCUGGUCCAAGCCGCUCUCUCGUUUUUGUCUUUGGUACGUUUGACUUUUUUUCCCUCAGUUUGUUACUUAUGGCACAACAAUGUUUUUAUGAUGAGUAUGAGGUUUACGAUGCGUUGUCUGAUGUAUGCAUGGUGAAGAAUAAAAAGACACAAGGAAAAAAUACGAAAUAGAGAAAAAAAAGUGUCUGCAAUGAGAUGCAGGGGACUGUUCAGUGACACAUCUUAAAUGACGAUUUUUACACUUGACUAUGAGAUUAGUGUGGGAUUACAAUGUCGUUUUCUUCGUUUAGUCACCUACAAAAAGUCCAACCCAGUUGUCUUUGUAUAGAUGUAUAUUAGACCUCCAAGGAGGUUGACCAAUAAAUCUAAUUAUACAUUUCAUUUUGAACUAUCACCAGGGUGUCAACAAGUCACUGUAAAAAAUAGAUCUUUGUCCACAAUCACGAGAACUUUCAUCUAGCUGUUUUCCUGGAGCAUCCUUCCCCUCACCCCAGCACAUGUUUAGGGGUUUUAUCCAAAACUUCAGUUUACAUUAUUUUGAGAUUCAAAACGUUAAGCCAAAAGUUAAACUUUUUGAGAAAGAAAAAGUGAAUGAAAAAAAUAUAAAAAAUACUGCUUGCAAAUGUAAUUAUUUGGUACAUUUCAUUUCUUCCUUGUCUCGAUUUUUUGGAAAAACAAAAAACAUCAGUUGCUCAAAUUUCCCUUCUGCAUCUUAGUGAAUGUGAAAAGUAACCAAUCAGAUUGAGCUUUCCGGACAGGAGCACCAAUGCUCAUCCUUCGUCAGGCCCGCUGACUCCUGCCACACCAAAGGGGACGUGGCUCGGCAUGACUCGGACCUGUUCCAAGCUGCAUGCACAUUUUGUAAAACAAAAACGAUACUGGAAAAAAAGAUUGAACUGAACUAGAUAUGUGUGUUCGUUCCACAUACCCGUAGGCCCGCUUGUAUGUUGCAUGCACUUGUACAGUUUGCUCGUACUUAAAUAUAAAGAGAAACCGAAGCCAUUCACAUCACGCGAAGACAUUCGAAAUGAUCAGCUGCAGUCAAGUCUAGUCCACAUCCUUCAUUCCGGUGCUGAAUGUUUUUCGAAACCAACUGAUUACCGAGAUUAUGUUGAUGUCUUUUUUUAAAGCUAUUGAACCCGUGCUGUACUGUCGUACUAAGCAAUCCUCACCGCCCAUUCUUUCAAAUCUACAGUUACUGUACACAUAGUUUACCUCUAUGGGGCUGAGACUACAUGGUUGAAUAUGUAUAAAUCAGAUCAACUUAUAUACAAAGUAUAGUUAUGUUGAACAUAAUGAUGUAAUAAGAUAUAUGGAUACAUAUGUUACACAAAUUAUUUAGAGUAUAAUGUACCACAAGUAAUUUAGGUAUAUUGUAAAUAUAUUUUCAACCAACCAAACGGUUUAGUGAUAUUUACGAAGGGGCCAAAACAGAUUACGGCGACAUUGUCAAAUUCAUUAAGACUACGAUUGGAUUUAGAAAGUCACAAAGGGACACUACUUUACUACAAGGCUUCAGGGUAUAGUCCCAAAUUGCCACACUUGAGUGUACUAGGGUAUCAGGCCAUAUUAUCUGCAAAAGCUGUCGUCACUACACCUCUCUCUCCAUGCUUUGAAACCUACAACCUACGACCCCAGCCAUGUAAAAACCCAUUUAUAAAAACGUCAUUUUUUUUUGUUUCAUGUUUAGUGAGUUAUUUUUUUAUUUUGUCGGUAUUAUUAGGAGAGAAAAAAAAAUGCUGAUUGUUUACAAUUGAUGUGUUCCACUGAAACAACAACUACAAAAGAAAACGAUCAGAUAAAAAAGAAAGUAUUCACUGCAGCGUUUCUUGUUUGGUAUAACAGCUGUGGCUCAAAUGAUGAGUAUGUUUUAUAUUUAAAAAAAGAGUUCAUUUUUAUUAUUUCCAAAUAAAAAAGAAUGUGUGGAAGAA